GGUAUUUCCCGUCGUGCAAAGCUCUCGCUCUUUCUCUUCCGGUUGUAUCUCCGUACGUGUGGAAGCGACGCUAAACCAAAAUGGCAAAGUCGAAGAACCACACCACCCACAACCAAUCGCGCAAAGCUCACAGAAAUGGAAUCAAGAAACCAAGGUCGAACCGCUACGAAUCUCUGAAGGGAGUUGACCCCAAGUUCUUGAGGAACAUGCGCUUUGCCAAGAAGCACAACAAGAAGGGGCUCAAGAAGGCCAUGGCAGCAAAGGAGGCUCCCAAAUAAACAGUGGCGGCUUUGGAAUGUCCCAGAAGUACCACCUCUGUCAAUAUUGCAUAUGGACUUUAUCAACUAACACAGGUUUUGUACUUGAAUAAAGCCAUGAUUUGUUGAAUGGAA